AUGCAUGCAACAUUGCCAAUUCGUACUUCAGAACAUGACUAUGAAAAUCUCGGUGUCGAUCAGCAAAAGGAACUGUUAAAUCAGGCAUUCGCAGACGCACGUUUCGAAGCACCGCGACUAUUACAGGAUCUAAUGGAUAAAAAUGAAUACUAUUUUGGAGCUAUCGAACAAGUUAAGAUGCGUGGUUGGUCGCAAGGACAAGCUGCUGUAGUAGGUGAUGCAGGUUAUUGUUUUACUCUUGUCACCGGUAUCGGGACGAUUAUAGCUCUUGUUGGUUCUUAUAUUUUGACUGGUGAAAUCGGACGAUGUCAGGAUUAUUUAGAAGCAUCUAAACGAUAUGAAAUGUUGAUGCGUCCAAUCGUUACUAAAGCUCAGCAAAUAUUAUCAAUAGAUUUACGUAUUGCUGGACCAGAUAUAAUUGUUGCUAUCACUCUCAGAAACGUUAUAUUGGAUUUAGUGAUCAAACUUGUCGUUACUCGAUCAGUCAGCAAACUCUUGGAACGAAAAGCUGCCGCCGAUACAACGAUCCUACCAGGUUACGAUUUUUUAUUGUCUCAAAAAGAUCAGUGA